AAUACGUAUAUUUUUGAGAUUAAAUCAAAAAUAUACGUGUUUAUUUUAUUCUGAAGAAUUAAUAUACUCAUAGAAUAAGUUCUUUUUGUAACUCUAAUUUGUGCAGCAAUAUGGCCAAUUUCACAACUGAUGCUAAAAUAUGUAUAGAUCGUGAGGUGUCUUUGGCGAAUGUUGAAGAAAAUAUAGACGAUAUUGUUGAACAUUUCGAUGUUGAUAAAACAUGCACUUGGAUUAGGGAUAAAGACUUUCUUAAGGUCUGCCUUCAGUUUCCUGAUGAAUUACUUGGUGUAAGCGCAAAAAUUUAUGAAGAAAUAAAAAAGAGAGUUGAGGUAGACUUGUACAUUAUGGGUGACACAUCAUAUGCCAGCUGUUGCGUAGACACUGUAGCAGCUAUGCAUGUCCAAGCUGAUGCAGUUGUACAUUAUGGCCACACCUGCUUCUCAAAGACUAACCUACCCGUAUUCAUUGUCUUACCAAAGAGGCCUCUUGAUCUAGAUGGUGUUAUGAAAACUCUGAAAGAUAACUUUAUUUCUGAUGAUGAUGUCAGACUGUGUCUCUUUUAUGAUGCUGAAUUUGAACAUUGUAAAGAUGAAUUAUCCAAAUGCUGGUUCAAACAUUACCCCCGAAGCUGUAUAGCAUAUAUUGAACAAGAGGAAAAACAGCACAGGUUCUCCGGAAGACUGUUAAGAAAUGCAUUAGAAGAAGUCCUCCCGCUAGAGAAAUUAAAAGACUACAUCUGUAUCCACAUUGGUUCCAGAGGCCAAACUGUUUUUAAUUAUACUAUAUCUGUACCAGCUAAAGAAUGGUAUUUACUAGACCCAGAUCAACAAAAGUUAGAACUCAUGGAAGAAACACCAUGGUUUAAACGGAGGAGAUUCCUUAUUGAGAAGUGUAAAGAUGCAAAUGUUGUCGGAAUCCUGGUCUGUAAGCUUGCGGGAGACCAAACGAAAGACAUUAUAAGCAGGAUGAAACAACUGUGUCGUGUUAACGGAAAGAAAAGCUAUAUAGUGUCUGUUGGCAAACCAAAUGUUGCUAAGCUGGCGAAUUUCCCAGAAAUCGACAUUUACGUGAUGAUAGCCUGUCCCGAGAAUGAUCUGUACAGCAGCAGAGAUUUCUACAAACCAAUAGUUUAUCCAUAUGAACUUGAAGUAGCGAUAAAUUCGAAAAGGGAACCAUAUUUCACAACCCAUGUCACAGAUUACGAUGAACUCUUACCAGGGAAAAGACAUUACUGUGACAUAGAACAUCUUGCGGAAGGUGGCGAUGUCAGUCUUGUGACUGGAAUGAUAAGAGAAACAAAACUAGGACUAAAAGCCGGCGACAGUACCGACUUAGUGGCUAAACAAAAUUGGGCACUCGAAAAUAUUGGUUCAAAUCUUCAAAAUAAAACUUGGAGAGGACUAGAGCAGAAAUUAGGAGAGACUGAAGUCAAGAAAGCUGAGCAGGGGCGACAAGGGAUACCUUUACAGUAUAAAAAUGAACCAGAAUAAAAAAAUCAUUGCAUUUA